AGCACUGGAGCGCUGAGACUGCGCGCUUGGAAAAUGGCUUAAACGCAGGCCAUCUCAAACAAAGAUCGAGGAUCUCAGAUCAAAAGGAACUACCUGUUGAAGCGACCGUGCACCAGGACUCGCCCAGAAGCAAAGCUGCAUAGGUUUAUUCCCAGAAUCCCUGGUAUCUGAAUGCACUCAUAGGUGUGGAUACAUUCAAAGUAAUGACGCUGAACGAGAGCGACGCUACUCGCCUGGAGCUGACGCGCAACUUCCUGGAGCUGUCCCGAAAUCCGGAAACAUGCACCGCCCUGCGCAGCUCGGACUGUAUCCAGCUUCUGGUGCAGAUUCUGCACGCCAACGACGAAGGCCUCUCCACGGCGAGAAAGUACGCCAGCCAGGCGCUGCACAACAUCGUCCACAAUAAUCCGGAGGAGAAGGAGCGCCAGCGGGAGGUGAAGAUGCUGCGCCUGCUGGACCAGAUCCUCGACUACUGUAACUUUCUGCACACCCAGUUGCAGAGCGGCGGUGAGGCCAUCGCAGAUGAUGAGGAUCGUCAUCCGCUGGCGGCUAUGAAGCUCCUAAUGAAAGCCAGUUUCGACGAGGAGCACCGCCAGACUAUGUGCGAACUGGGAGCCCUCAAGGCGAUUCCCAAUUUGGUCCACCUUGAUCAUGCGGUCCAUGGACCGGCUGCCGGUAGAGAACAGUGCAACGCGCUCAGGAGCUACGGCCUCAUGGCCCUCACGAAUCUCACCUUCGGAGACGAGAACGUCCACAACAAAUCGUAUCUGUGCGGUCAGCGACAGUUCAUGGAAGUGGUCAUUGCUCAAUUGAACACGGCUCCGGAUGAACUGCUACAGGUUCUUGCUGGUGUGCUUCGCAAUCUCUCAUGGCGCGCCGACAAACACAUGAAGACUAUCUUUAACGAGCUGGGUACUGUGACCUCCUUGGCUCGAGCAGCCAUGCAAAACAAGAACGAGAACACUCUCAAAGCCAUACUUUCAGCCCUUUGGAAUCUCUCAGCGCACUGCAGCACCAACAAGGCGGAGUUUUGUGCAGUAGACGGAGCACUGGCCUUUUUGGUCGGAAUGCUUAGCUACGAGGGUCCGAGUAAAACUCUUAAGAUCAUCGAAAAUGCAGGCGGCAUUCUUCGAAAUGUAUCGAGCCACAUUGCGGUGUGUGAGCCGUACCGACAAAUCCUAAGACGGUACAAUUGCCUUGCCAUUCUGUUGCAACAGUUGAAAUCGGAGAGCCUAACCGUGGUAAGCAACUCCUGCGGAACUCUGUGGAAUCUCUCGGCGCGCUGUCCCGAGGACCAGCAAUACCUCAUUGACCACAAUGCCAUCCCGCUCUUGCGGGCCCUAAUCAGCUCCAAGAACUCCAUGAUUGCGGAGGGCAGUGCCUCGGCUUUGAAAAACCUAGUUAAUUUCAGGGCCACUCAGGAGCUUAUGCCCAAUGGAGAUGGUGGGUCCCUGCCACUAGACAAGGAGGCUGGCCAUGGGGGUACGCUGCCACGGAGAUUCAGCUCACUGCGCCUAAGCUCAAAUCCCACGGGAUCGCUUAAGAAAGUGCGACCCUCAACAGUCAGCACAACUGGCUUUCUGAACAGAAAGUGUGAGAGCCGAGAGUCCAUUUACUCGGGCAAAUCUGAUUCCACUAAAUACUCAACCAAGUCGGAGGGAGCGAAGAAUCCCUUCGAAAUUGUCACACCCACUGAAGAGCAGCCCAUUGACUACUCCAUGAAGUACAUGGAGCACAAACCCAAUAGCAGUAAGACCUUCGAGAUCGACUUGGAUCAGCCAACAGAUUUCAGUGCUAGAUAUAAGGAGAGACGAUCCGCUCAGACGGCACAGCCGGAGCUGAAGACGGAGACUAAUGAGAUUAGAAGUAAGGAGUUGCAACUGACAAAGUCCUCCUCGGCUACGGAGCUGCGUAAUAGUCCUGGGCUGGUGGCGGUUUCAGCAGCUAAGCAGAAAAUUGCCACCGAAACGGAGACGGAAACUGCAGAGCGACCAAUAAACUACUGUGAAGAAGGGACUCCCGGCAGCUUCAGUCGCUUCGACUCGCUCAACAGCCUCACAGAGAAACCGGAGAAAUGUAUGCCGCCAAAAACUCCAACGAAAACUGCUGCUCUCCCGGUACAAGUUGACGGAAAUACGCCUCAAAACAUCGAUUCCGCACUAGAAACUCCACUAAUGUUUUCGCGACGCAGCUCUAUGGACUCAUUGGUGGGCGACGACGAAACGGUUGCCUGCGAGGACAAUGGAUCCGUGAUCAGUGAAUACAGCCGGAUGCAGAGUGGUGUUAUUUCCCCCUCAGAGCUGCCCGAUUCACCCACCCAGAGUAUGCCUCAAUCUCCGAGAAGGGAUAGAAAAGUGACCACUCAAAAUAACUUGGAUACACCUGAACAGAAGCCCAGCACUGUGUUUGAGGACAAGUUGAACAGAUUCCACGUGGAGCACACACCUGCUGCCUUCUCCUGCGCCACCAGUCUAAGUAAUCUGAGCAUGAUGGACGACUCUAAUGCAAACGCUAUUCGAGGGCAGCGUGCAAAUGACAUCAACGGCAAUGGGGAUGCUCCUCGCAGCUAUUGCACAGAGGACACUCCUGCCGUGCUUUCCAAAGCGCCAAGCAAUAGUGAUCUGUCCAUUUUGUCCAUCCCGAAUGAUUUAAAUGCGAAUGAGGCGCAGCCAGUGCCUGCUCCGCGAGCUGAUGUUACUGGAAUGGACACUCGGAUGCCGGCAGAAGAUGCAAUCUCUAAGAUGCGCUGCGGUGGCAAUGCAUUGCCCAGUUAUCUGCCAGUGUCGGAUGAAAUGAGCAAGUACUAUGUCGAGGACAGUCCCUGCACGUUUUCGGUCAUCUCGGGACUUUCCCAUCUCACUGUUGGCUCUGCUAAGGCUGGGCCUGUUCUGAAGCUGCCCAUGAGGACGGCAGAAGCUCAGGCACCCAAACUUCCUCCCAGGCGCAGUGCAGUUCAAGGAGAGGCGGAGCCGCGCUUACCGCCGAAGAAAAGCGACUCACUGAGCUCACUCUCCAUGGAUUCGGAUGACGACUGCAAUCUUCUUAGUCAGGCCAUUGCUGCGGGAAGUUGUCGACCUCAGCCCAGCGGUGCCAGUACCAGCUCCAGCCUGGCGAACGCUAGUACCAGCACUCUAUGCAGGGAAAAUGGGCAGCCAAAGAAGCCGGCGGAGGAUGGCGAUAAGCCGAACUACAGCUCAGAUGACUCGCUAGACGACGACGACGAUGAUGCACGGUCCAAGUCGCUAUUUGAGCAGUGCAUUCUGAGCGGCAUGCAUAAGUCCAACGACGCCUUGGAGUCGGAGGGUGAGUCGCCGGGGCAGCGCCAGGAGAUCAGUGCCCGGGAUCGAUUUGUCAGUAACCAGGUGCGCCAGAUUGAGUCCAUGUUGGCCGGACGUCAGCAGUAGCUGCGGCUGGUUGGUUAAUUGAGAAGCGCAUGCAUUUGUUUAGUGGCUUUUAAUCUUGUCUACGCAAUAAUAUUCUCACGGUCUCAAUUUUCCUAUAGUUCAGAUUAAAAAUUUGCACUUAAAUUUAA